UGUAUUACUACAAUAUUGUAUAACUUUAGUUUAGAGAGUGUGCGCAUGCCAACUAGCCCUUGCCCUCUGUUGUCCGGAGUUGUUCCUUGCUUGCUGCCAUUUUGUUCGAGACAGUGCAAGGAAUAUCCUUCAAGAUGCUAUCAGUAAGGCUGGCAUCCUCCCUAGCAAGGCAGCUUCCUAGGACACUGCCAAAGGUUUAUCAAAAUGCUCUUGCUGCAGGAUGUGUUUCAGCAAGGCAUCUGUCUUUGACCACUCCAUCUUUGGCUGCUGGCCCAAGUGGAGCUGAAGUUUCUUCCAUUUUGGAGGAUAGGAUCCUUGGUCAGACUUCCCAGGUAAACCUUGAAGAGACUGGAAAAGUGCUGUCCAUUGGUGAUGGUAUUGCACGUGUCUAUGGCCUCAAGAACAUUCAAGCUGAGGAGAUGGUGGAAUUCUCCAGUGGGCUGAAGGGUAUGGCCUUGAACUUGGAACCUGACAAUGUGGGCGUUGUCGUUUUCGGUAAUGACAAGUUGAUCAAGGAGGGAGAUGUUGUGAAGAGGACUGGUGCUAUUGUGGAUGUGCCAGUGGGCAUGGAACUGCUCGGCAGAGUUGUUGAUGCUCUUGGAAAUACCAUUGAUGGAAAGGGCCCAAUCAGUUCUUCUGUAAGAGCCCGUGUGGGUGUGAAAGCCCCAGGAAUCAUUCCCAGAACAUCUGUGAAGGAGCCUAUGCAGACAGGAAUCAAGGCUGUGGACAGUCUUGUGCCUAUUGGUCGUGGUCAGCGUGAGCUGAUCAUUGGUGACAGGCAGACUGGAAAAACCGCCAUUGCCAUUGACACCAUCAUCAACCAGAAGCGCUUCAAUGACGCCGGAGACGAUAAGGCCAAGCUGUACUGCAUCUACGUUGCUAUUGGACAGAAGCGUUCCACUGUUGCUCAGUUGGUGAAGCGUCUUACAGAUGCUGAUGCCAUGAAGUACAGCAUUGUUGUGUCAGCUACAGCUUCUGAUGCUGCCCCUCUGCAGUAUCUGGCUCCGUACUCUGGAUGUGCUAUGGGCGAGUACUUCCGUGACAAUGGCAUGCACGCUCUCAUCAUUUACGAUGACUUGUCCAAACAGGCUGUGGCCUACCGUCAGAUGUCUCUGCUGCUGCGUCGUCCCCCAGGACGUGAGGCCUACCCAGGUGAUGUGUUCUAUCUCCACUCCCGUCUGUUGGAAAGAGCUGCCAAGAUGAACGAACAUCAUGGUGGCGGCUCCCUCACUGCCCUGCCCGUCAUUGAGACUCAGGCUGGUGACGUGUCUGCUUACAUCCCCACCAACGUCAUUUCCAUUACUGACGGACAGAUCUUUUUGGAAACUGAAUUGUUCUUCAAGGGUAUCCGCCCUGCCAUCAACGUCGGUUUGUCUGUCAGCCGUGUCGGCUCUGCUGCCCAGACCAGAUCCAUGAAGCAGGUGGCUGGCUCCAUGAAGUUGGAAUUGGCUCAGUAUCGUGAGGUGGCUGCCUUCGCUCAGUUCGGUUCAGAUUUGGACCAGGCUACACAGAACCUCCUGAGGAGAGGUGUCAGAUUGACUGAGAUCUUGAAACAGGGACAAUAUGUGCCCAUGGCCAUUGAGGAGCAAGUGUGUGUCAUCUACUCUGGUGUCCGUGGCUACCUUGACAAGUUGGACCCAGCCAAAAUCACACAGUUUGAGGCUGAGUUCUUGCAGCACCUGCGCAGCUCCCAGCAAGACCUCCUCAAGACCAUUGCCUCUGAGGGCAAGAUCAAUGAGCAGGCAGAUGAGAAACUGAAACAGAUUGUCACCAACUUCUUGGUUGGGUUCCAGGGCUCAUAAACUUAGUACUUUAUAAAUAUUUGUGUUGAUAGAGAAGUCUGACCAAAAGCGGAUAUGAGGGAAGAAAUGUUCAUGCAUAGGUCUUGUGAUAAAGUACGGCAUAAAGACUUUUUUUUCACUCCCCUGGUUUGAAAGAAAUCAGCCUGGUAUGAAUAGAAGGGAAAGUAGGUAGUUUGAAUUUUCCUAGUUUUGUGACAUGUUGAUGUGAAUUUUCACACUUGUUUUCCCGUGAAGAAAAAAAAUUCUAUCGGUUGCAUAAACAGAAUGUAUUAUGCCAACUGUGUAGAUUGGGUGUCAGUUGUGUGAAUGCCGGAUAUGAAAAUUGAUUAAAUAUUUCUUUUGUGUAA